GACUGGUUGACAAAAUACGGCUACCUGCCGCCUCCAGAGCCCUCCACUGGUCAGCUCCAGGCUUGGACAGCGGUCACAAAUGCCAUCAGGGCCAUGCAAAGGUUUGCGGGCCUCAGAGAGACUGGAGUUGUAGAUGAGGACACGCUGGCCUUGAUGAAAAGUCCACGCUGCUCCCUUCCCGACAAAGAGGAACCAUCCAAAUUACUGGCCAACCAAGAUGGGAAAAAGAUGAGGAGAAAGAAGAGGGAUCUAUCUCUGUGGACAAGCAGGAACAUUAACUGGAGACUGAAUUCUUAUCCCUCCACAUCUCAUCUAUCCCGGGAGAUGAUUCGCUCUCUUGUCUUCUACGCUCUACGAGUGUGGGCAGAGCCUACGCCCCUGGAGUUCCAUGAGGUGGCCAGCUGGGAGGCAGCUGACCUGCAGGUAGACUUCCUCCGCGGUUACCACGGUGACGAGUAUCCCUUUGACGGGGCCGGGGGUGCAGUUGGACACGCUUUUUUCCCUUCAGACCCCACCCGGGCAGGAGGAGUACAUCUGGAUGCAGAUGAGGAGUGGGCCUUCAGACAGCCAGCCUCUGAGGGCACCGACCUGUUCACGGUGCUGGUCCAUGAGUUUGGCCACGCACUGGGCCUGGCCCACUCCUCGUCUCAGCUCUCAGUGAUGAGACCAUACUACCAGGGUCCUGCUGGAGACCCCCUCCACUACCACCUCGGUCAGCAGGAUCUGCAGCGCAUAACCCAGCUGUAC